UUUUAUGGUUUCAAUAAUUGCGCAUCAAAUCCCUUCAAAAUAAAAUAUAUUUGCGCAUCAAAACAACACGAGCAAAAAAAAAAGAAACCGAGUUCCAAAUUCCUUUCUUUUGGGAGAGAAUGAGAGAUCAAUGGACCAGGAACCUCCACCAUCUCAAUUCCAAAUGCUUUAAACGCAGCAUGUAAGCCUCUCAUCAACUUCCAUUUUUUUUCCUUCACCAUCAAUCAAAACUCUCUUAUUUUCUCUCUCCUCAUUUUUCAUACACACCUGGGUUUUUGUUAAUUUCUUGAAUGAACCUGGACCAAUAUGUGGGAAGGAGAGUUUUCUAAAGAAUUAGAUGUUGCUGUAAGAGUUGUCCACUUGGCUUGUCAUUUAUGCCAAAAAGUUCAAAAAACAUUGCUUUCUACUACUAAUGGUGAACAAGUUAAUUCCAAAGAUGAUGAUUCUCUCGUCACCGUUGCUGAUUAUAGUGUUCAAGCUGUUGUAAGCUGGAUACUGUCGGAAUCCCUUGGAAGCCAAAAUUUAUCCAUUGUUGCUGAAGAAGACGCACAAGUUCUCUCAACGUCUGACUUAUUGCAGGCAGUGGUGGAAACAGUCAACGAAUGCUUCUUAGAAGCACCAAGGUUUGGUCUUGAAGUUUCAGAUAUUCCUCUCAGUCCCAACAAAGUGAUUGAAGCUGUUGGUCGAUGCAACUCCUCUGGUGGUCUCGAGGGAAGGCAUUGGGUUUUGGACCCUGUUGAUGGAACCCUGGGCUUUGUACGUGGCAAUCAGUAUGCUGUUGCACUAGCAUUGAUCGAGGAAGGAAGAGUAGUUCUUGGAGUUCUUGGCUGCCCCAACUACCCUGUGAAGAAAGGUCUAGUAAACCACCAUCAUCAACAAAUGUCAGAAAUGUCCUCAGCCUCUCCGGACGUGUGGGAGAAAGGAUGUGUGAUGUAUGCAAAGAGAGACACUGGUAAGGCAUGGAUGCAGCCGUUAGUUGACGGCAAAUUGAAGCUUGACUCGUUUGAAUCUGCAAUAUUAAUUAGAGUUUCCUCCAUUGAGGAUCCAGCUCUUGCAACAUCCUGUGAACCAGUGGAGAAAGCCAAUACCAGUCAUUCUUUCACAGAAGGGGUUGCUCACAGUGCUGGACUGAGGACAAAGCCUUUGCGUGUAUAUAGUAUGGUGAAGUAUGCUGCCAUAGCUCGGGGAGAUGCUGAGAUAUAUAUGAGGUUUGCAAGAGCCGGCUACAAAGAGAAGAUAUGGGAUCAUGCUGCAGGUGUGCUUAUUGUACAAGAGGCUGGUGGUGUGGUAACUGAUGCAGGAGGACGCCCACUGGACUUUUCAAGGGGAAUUUAUUUGGAAGGUAUCGAUCGUGGAAUAAUUGCUUGUUCCGGAGCUGUAUUACAUGAGAAAAUCAUAAGUGCUGUUGAUGCUAGUUGGGAAUGCUCUCUCCUCUGAAGCCUUUGGAAGUAUUGAUUCCUUUGAAAAGCUGAGCUGUAUCUAUGAAGUUUCUCCUGCUGUUUUUACAAGUGAACUCAGGAAGGGCGCUGAAGAAGUGCCAUCAAUAAUUCCCCCGACUCCCUCAAUGAACAAUCAUCCAGUGACUCGGGUGCUUCGCGUCUCCAUUUUCCGCUAUUUAGGAGCAUCUAAUUCCUUUGCUAUUGCGCGAUAUUUCUUCUCGGCAUCUAGUCACACUUGUUAAGUUUGAAUGGGCAAAGGAACAAAUACCUCAAGUAAUUGAUGCAUUAAUCCUCAUUCCAGUUCCUUUCUUA